AUGGACGAUCCACAUGCAAAGGAUAUAGAAGGACAAGUACUGAAUGAACCAAAGCUAUCGGUAGAACCGCUGGAAGGCUCACUGGGAAUCGAGGCAUUCGACGAUCCAGAUUUGUUUCCAGAAGGAGGUUGGGUAGCUUACAGAGUUGUUAUCGGAUGCUUCGUUGGAUUCAUAGGAACCUUGGGGUUUGUAAACGCUACCGGUGUGAUUCAAACAUAUGUUACAACUAAUAUUUUGAAAGACUCUCCCGAGUCGGACGUAGGAUGGAUCUUCUCGGUCUAUAACUUUAUGGCUUUUGGCCUGACCCUUGUACUGGGACCUGUAUUUGACAGAGUUGGGGCUAGAAUCCCACUUCUCAUCGGGAUCGUCUUACAAACAGUUGGGUUUAUGUGUCUAUCUGUGUCUACAGAAGUUUAUCAGUUUGUUUUAGGUUACGGGAUUCUUGCAGGGCUUGGAACAUCGUUUACAUUUGCUCCAUUCUUGGGUGCAAUUAGUCAUUUUUUCCUUAAAAAGAGAGCUCAAGCUAUCGGUGCUGCCUACAUGGGUGGUGCGCUAGGUGGGAUCAUAUUCCCAUUGGUCUUCCGCUCUCUCUUCCCGAAAGUUGGGUUUGGAUGGGGUAUUCGAAUUGGAGCCUUUAUGGUGUUUGGGUUUCUUUUGAUUGGGUUCGCCCUCAUUGCUGAUAGAAAGGAAGAAAUCCAUGCUGGUCACAACUACCAAUCUGGAGGUGUCAUCAAACAAAUUGUACAAUCGAUUGAUUUGACAGUGUUUAAAGAUAGAAUUUAUACUUGUUUGGUACUUGCAUUGCUCGGGAAUGGGUUUGCGUUUUUGAUUUCCUUGACUUAUAUCCCAUCCUACGCGGUGGCUAAUGGGGUGCCACAGAACUCUUCGUAUCUUCUAUUAGUGGUGUUUAACGCCAUGUCGAUUCCUGGGAGAGUCAUCCCAGGCUACUACGCGGAUAAAUAUGGGCGCUUCAAUAUGCUUUGUCUCAUUGCCUUGCUUUCCACCAUGGCAUUCUGUAUCAUUUGGAUUCCUCCUCCUAUCGGCCACACACUCACAGGAUUAUACGUAUUUUCCGGAUGUUACGGCUUUACUUCAGGCUCCAUCUUGUCUUUGGCACCAGCUUGUAUCGGACAAAUUUGUCAUACUAGAGAUUUUGGUAAAAGAUAUGGUACUGCGUAUUUUGCAUUAAGUUUCGGAGAUUUGAUUGGUAUCCCCAUUGGGGGUGCGAUCAUCGGAUCGGGAAACCUGGUAAAGGGAUUCGAUCAUUUGGUUAUUUUCAUCACUGUACUUUCAGCAAUGGGUACAAUUGCGGCAUUUUCGGCAAGAUACCUAUAUGCUGGUGUGAAAAUGAUUAAAGUUUAG